AUACACAUUUUGGCUGGUUCUAAACUGUUCAGUAACUGUAGCAAUCAUGAACGGUAAGCACUCCUUUCGACAACUGGAUAUAAAAGAUUUGGAGGAUUUAUAUGGAGAGCAGCUGGAUAUAAAAUCCAUGGCGAACAUGAGAGGAAGUCCAAGAGCCAGAGAUAUCGCCAAACGGUUUAAGUUAGACGAAAAUGAUGGCAGAAAUAUAGAUGAUCAUGAUCAGUUUUAUCGCGAUCACAAAUUGUUAUUGAUUUUGUUUAAGUGGAUGGGAGUUAUGCCAGUAGAACGUGGAGAAAUUGGAAAAAUUACAUUCAGUUGGACAUCAAAACCGAUGUUAUAUGCCUAUGGAUUUUACGUGAUAACUACCAUAGUAGUUCUUUUAGUUGGAUAUGAAAGAGUGGAUAUUUUGCUGAACAAAAGCCGAAAGUUUGACGAAUAUAUUUACGCAAUUAUUUUCAUUGUGUUUCUCGUACCGCAUUUUGUCGUUCCCUUUGUUGGAUGGUCGGUUGCUCAUCAGGUGUGUGAUUACAAGAACAGCUGGGGAAGAUUUCAGCUCAACUAUUACAAAAUUACAGGCCGCGACCUAGAAUUUCCUUACUUGAGUACCCUGAUUGGUACUAUCAGCUUAGGAUGUCUGUUUCUGGCAGUCAGUUUUCUGCUAUCCCUAAGUACUUUGCUGGAUGGAUUUGCGCUUUAUCACACUAUUGGAUAUCUUCAUAUUAUUACAAUGAUUAACAUGAACUGUGCUCUUUGGUACAUUAACUGCAGAGCUAUAGGAAAUGCUAGCACCGGCGUAGCAGAAAGCUUUAAGAAGGAUAUUCACAGCUACUGCGUAGCUUAUAUCAUCAAACAUUACAGAGUGCUCUGGUUGGAACUGAGCGAGAUUUUGCAAAAAUUAGGAAAUGCCUACACUCGAACUUAUUCUUCGUAUUGCCUGUUAAUGAUGACUAACAUAAUCAUUUCUGUUUAUGGUUUCACUUCUGAAGUGGUUGAUCACGGUGUUAAAUUCACUUUCAAAGAAAUGGGUCUACUGGUUGAUGCCAUUUAUUGUUUUACUCUCCUCUAUAUCUUUUGCGACUGUUCCCAUCAAGCAUCGGCCAACAUUGCCGAAAGAGUUCAAUGGGCGCUAAUGGAAAUUAAUCUUAAUCAAGUCGAUCAUGCCACAAUCAAAGAGAUACAAAUGUUUUUAAAGGCCAUUCACUUAAACCCGCCCAAAGUGAGUUUGAGGGGAUACACGGUUGUGAGCAGAGAAUUAGUAACGGCUAUGAUAAGUACGAUUGCAAUUUACCUCAUAGUACUUCUACAGUUCAAGAUCAGUUUAGUCAACAUGAGAGGAUGAACAACGUAUCAAAACCAUAUUCUACACAAGUCUGGUGUUUAUCGUUAGGAUUCUUCUUCCUUCAAUGGAUUUACAAAUACUUCAAACGAAUGCUAAUCUGGAAAGGAAAGUUUUUAGUAAAAAAAUAUAUUGCAUUGUUUUGCAAUUAAAUACCUUCACGUAAGCUAUGUAGUAUCGGCGAUACUUCUGGAAGGAAAAUGAAAUCACCAUACACUGUUUUGUCGAAAAAUAAUUUAAUAAAUCGCUGAAAAUUAUUUCGUUUUAACUUGCAAUGAAAAUCCUGGACUGUUAAAUUCACGUUUGUGGCAAAUCAAGAAGAAAUGUAAGUUUCCAAAAUUUUUAUUAUAAACAGCAAUCAGUUGAAGCUGAAAUGUUAACGCAAAAUAUUAACUUGCUCCAAAUUCUUAUGUGAAAUGUU